UUCUGCCACAGGCUCCAGCAUGGCUUUGCCUAACAGAAUGAUCCCAGGCUUUGUUAACUGACCCUGCUGACCUGCAGCCAUCCAUCCACUGGGUUCACAUUCCCAGCCACAAAGUAGCCAGGCCUGGUUACAAGCCACACUGUCUCCAGAGGUCAGAUCUUGGCCAGGCUAGACAGAGCCUUUACUCAUAGCCCAGGGCACACAGCUCUACCACAACAUCAAGGAUAUCUGCGAGUGGGACCUGCAAUUGGUACCUUUAGCAGGAAAUCAUCUAGCAGGUUACAGACUCUGCAGGCCAUGCUCACCCAUAUCUCAUACACUGGAAGGUAAAGCUGAGUGGGUUAGGACAGUUCACUUUAAAGUGGCCUUUGGCUCAGGUGUCACCUGCAUUUUUCCUUAGUUUUAUCCUGAGCCUGUCUGUGGCCUGGUGGUCCCUGCCCCCUCAACACCAGGAGCUGCCUCACCCACGGCUCUUUUGUAGGCAGCAGACACUGGCGCCUGGUAGCCAUCUCUUGAUCUCCUGACCAGACCAGGCUCUUAUUACCCUGCCUCCUGGGUCAGGAGGUCAGACAGAGGGUCACACAGACUUUUUCCUUCCUGUCUCUCAGAAAACCACUCCCUGGGGACCUCUGGAGCCACAGAAAGGGUUUGGAAAAGCAGAUUCCAGGCAGGGCCUUUGUCUUGCCACCAGCUUUGAUCUCCCUGCCCUCCCCCACAGUAGUGGAGCCUCUAGUUCAGUUAAAGAAUGGAUGCUGGCCUUCAUGGUGGGUUGUUGGGGCAAGGCUUGAAUGUCCUUAGAUCCCUGAGCAACACCUAGGAUGCUUGCUCUUUAAAAGAUGCACUUGGUCAUCCCUGAGACCCCCAUCUGUCUCACCCUGUGUGAUCAGCUGGGUGGCUUAUCUGUGCUCUUUUGCACUGUGUAUCAGUCAUUGACAUGAGACUGUCUAUGGCCAGUGCACAUGGGUCAUCUGCUUCCACCCAGAUAUAAGAUAGCCUUUUAAUUUAUUUUGUACCUACCUUGCCCAUUUGAAGGAUCUGAGUGGCACAGACCCUAGCUAGAAGCCAAGAGCCCAGUUUUAGAGAAACAGGUACAUCUGGGAGGAUGAACCCCGCUGAGUUGUGCCCUCAGCUGGUGAGAUGCCAAGACCUAACUUUUUUUUUUUUUUUCCCCUUUUGGAGACAGUAUGUUCUUAUGUAGCCAAACGGGCCUGGGAUUUGCUGUGUAGCUCUGGGAUGGCCUCAAUCUGGAUCCUCCCGUGUCCCACCUACCCAGUGCUGGGGUUACAAGUAUGUACCACAGAUGCCAAGCACCCCAGGGGUUUCUUAUUCCAUGCCAGUGGAAGAUGUGCCUUACCAAUAGUUAUGACAGGUGUGGCCCUUGUCUGCUUUGGAGGAAAAUCUAGACUAAUAGCUGAGGCUGGACUGAGUCCCUGCACAACCUCACUGAAUUAAGGGACUGAAGAGCAGAGGACAAAAGCCGAAAUUUACCAGCUCUGCUCCUCCUCCCUGAAUAGAGUGGGAGGGUCUUUAAGGAGACUUUGAUCCCUGUUGGGCUCCAGCUUGUAGAGGGAGGGGCUCAGGUUACAGCAUCCCCCUCCCUGAUUUGAGCUGGCCCUUCUCCGCCCCUUGGUGACCCUAGUGGUCAGUUGCUCUGGGCUUCAGGGCCUCUGGCCCCUCCCCAGCCCUUCCUCUUCUUCUCUUCCCAGUCCUAUGCUCACCAGAGCCUGAGAGCCACCCACAGUGGUUGGGAGAGGGUCAGCCAGUAUUUUGUGGACAGGUUCUGAGAGGCCCCAGAAUAACUAUUCAGGGUUCCAGAGAAGAGCAUCAUCUGUGAGCUCCAGCCUUGCGGGGUCCAAGAGGCACAGGACAGGGUCCUUUGAGGUAGGGGGUAGUGAUCCUGGGCCCAGGACCCUAUAGGUUGAAUGCCUAUAGGGAGUCUCAGCUGGUGGCCACACCCUCUCACCCCCUGGCCCUGUGGUCCUGUGGCCCUGUGGUCCCCAUGCCUGCCCCACAGCCACUCCUGCCUCUGCUCUUUGUCUUUGUGCUCAUCCAUCUGACCUCGGAGACCAACCUGCUGCCAGAGCCCAGAAGCCAUCCUGGCAUGUGUCCCAACGAGCUCAGCCCCCACCUGUGGGUCGACGCCCAGAGCACCUGUGAGCGUGAGUGUACCGGGGACCAGGACUGUGCGGCAUCCGAGAAGUGCUGCACCAAUGUGUGUGGGCUGCAGAGCUGCGUGGCUGCCCGCUUUCCCAGUGGUGGCCCAGCUGUACCUGAGACGGCAGCCUCCUGUGAAGGCUUCCAAUGCCCACAGCAGGGUUCUGACUGUGACAUCUGGGAUGGGCAGCCAGUUUGUCGCUGCCGUGACCGCUGUGAAAAAGAGCCCAGCUUCACAUGUGCUUCUGAUGGCCUUACCUAUUACAACCGCUGCUACAUGGACGCAGAAGCCUGCCUGCGGGGUCUCCACCUGCACGUUGUACCCUGUAAGCACAUUCUCAGUUGGCCACCCAGCAGCCCGGGACCACCUGAGACCACUGCUCGCCCAACCCCUGGGACUGCUCCCAUGCCACCUGCCCUGUACAAUAGCCCCUCAGCACAGGCAGUGCAUGUUGGGGGAACAGCCAGCCUCCACUGUGAUGUUAGUGGCCGUCCACCACCUGCUGUGACCUGGGAGAAGCAGAGCCAUCAGCGGGAGAACCUGAUCAUGCGCCCUGACCAAAUGUAUGGCAACGUGGUUGUCACCAGUAUCGGACAGCUAGUCCUCUACAAUGCUCAGUUGGAGGAUGCAGGCCUGUAUACCUGCACUGCACGAAAUGCCGCCGGCCUGCUGCGGGCUGACUUUCCCCUUUCCGUUUUACAGCGGGCAACUACUCAGGACAGGGACCGGGGUAUCCCUGCCCUGGCUGAGUGCCAGCCCGACACACAAGCCUGUGUUGGGCCACCUACUCCCCAUCGUGUCCUGUGGCGCUUUGACCCACAGCGAGGCAGCUGCAUGACAUUCCCAGCCCUCAGAUGUGAUGGGGCUGCCCGGGGCUUCGAGACCUACGAGGCAUGCCAGCAGGCCUGCGUUCGUGGCCCCGGGGAUGUCUGUGCACUGCCUGCAGUUCAGGGGCCCUGCCAGGGCUGGGAGCCACGCUGGGCCUACAGCCCACUGCUGCAGCAGUGCCACCCCUUUGUAUACAGUGGCUGUGAAGGAAACAGCAAUAACUUUGAGACCCGGGAGAGCUGUGAGGAUGCCUGCCCUGUACCACGCACACCACCCUGUCGUGCCUGCCGCCUCAAGAGCAAGCUGGCUCUGAGCUUGUGCCGCAGUGACUUUGCCAUCGUGGGGAGACUCACAGAGGUCCUGGAGGAGCCGGAGGCUGCAGGCGGCAUUGCUCGUGUGGCCUUGGAUGAUGUGCUAAAGGACGACAAGAUGGGCCUCAAGUUCUUGGGCACCAAAUACCUGGAGGUGACAUUGAGUGGCAUGGACUGGGCCUGCCCAUGCCCCAAUGUGACAGCUGUCGAUGGGCCACUAGUCAUCAUGGGUGAGGUUCGUGAAGGUGUGGCUGUGUUGGAUGCCAACAGCUAUGUCCGUGCUGCCAGCGAGAAGCGAGUCAAGAAGAUUGUAGAACUGCUUGAGAAGAAGGUUUGUGAACUGCUCAACCGCUUCCAAGACUAGCUUUAUGCAUAAUCCCCAUUCCUGCCCUCCUUC